AUGUCUCGCACCCCAACGCCUCACCGCUCCAAAGCUAACACGAUUCAUUCUCCUAAUGUCCGUCGGGCUACGCCAUCACUCCAGAGGUAUCGACCCUCCUCGGCGACCCCUUCAACACCCACCCCGAAUGCUACACGCCGACGCGGGGCCCUCAGACUGUCAGACAUUGCUGCCGAAACUUCUCCAGCUAGCAUAGUAGACAUCGGUCCAGAUGAUGUGUUUCCAGGCCAGGUUGAGCCAGCGGUGACGGCGAGAUCGUCCGCGACACCGGCCGCCAUUCACCAUUCGAUCGCGGUCAUUCGGGAACACCUGCAACGCCUGGAAGAGUUGUCACUGCACCACCACCAUGUGAGCUUGAAUUUGACAAAUCGCGAAGCCGAAAUUCAGGACCUACUUCACGAACGAUUGGAACAAUUCCGCUCUGAUCACAAACUCAACAUCGCUCUCAACAAAGAAGUCCGCUUCAUGAAGAUCAAGGCCGUUGCUGACGACCAGAAGAUCAUGUUGUUACAAAAAGAGGUGGCGCUGCUGAGAAAGGCGCUUAACAAGAAGAGGUCCCGGAGGGUCUGA